GGUUGUUUAACAGGAAAAACUGGCGAAGUGAGAAGACAAGUACAAUGAAGGAUGGAAUUGAAAUUGCGUUUCUCGUUGAUGCUGCUGCUCACAACCUCCGUUUACCUUCAGCUACCGUAUGUCUCAGGUAAAGAUAAUGGAGUUUGCAUUUCACCUGGUGGUCGCUUUCCUCGAUUUUCAAAUGAAGGAAAACCUCCAAGAAAAGUAAAAAAGGGCCCAAGAGAGUUGAACCUCUGCAGGAUAUUUCGCGGAAAAACUUGCUGCGAUGUAACGCAGACGCAUCCUGCUUUGUUAUCCAUUAGGAAGCUUGCUUCAACUGGAGAGGCAAGCCAAGAGUGCUUGCACUUAUGGGAAAUGUUAGAAUGUUCAAUCUGUGAUCCACGUGUUGGUGUGCAGGCAGGACCCCCUGUUUUAUGCACCUCUUUCUGUAACAAAGUAUACCAAGCUUGCUCCAAUGCGUACUUCUCCAUGGAUGCUAAGACACAGGUUCUAGCACCCUGUGGUGUAAACGACUUUGUUUGUGGUAGAGCAUCCCAAUGGAUCUCUAACGGGACAGAGCUCUGCCGCGUUGCAGGUUUUUCUGUGAAGUCUUUGUCUGAUGAUCCAGAAGAAGUUUCUUGCUAUGGCGGAAAGUCUAGUGUGGAUUUUAUUGCUGAUUCGUGGAGGGCUUCACAAUCCAAGGUGCAAGAGAAAACGGACAGUUCUGGAUUUGUUGAAGAUUUCAAACAAUGGGUAGAGGACAUGACAUUUAAAGAGAGAAUAUCUUGGGCAGUAGGAGGCAUGGUUCUUACAGCAGGACUUCUAUUUACCAGUCAAAGGAAAAGCCAUAGGCAACGCCAGAAACUAGCAGCCCUCCAACGCACGGCCAGGAGAUUGGGAGGAAAUGUGAAUCCGAGAUCUCCUACAAGUCAAGGGAGCGAAAAGGGUAGUUAAAGAUGAAUAUCUCCUUACUUGAAAGGAAUUUCAUCUUGUUGCUGUGUUCCCAGACAAAGUUAACGAUGAGUACAGGUUUACUUGUUAUUGCACUUCAAGCGUAAACCAGUGAAGAAAGUUUGGUGCAACUCUAAUGUCUCUGCCUCCCCCCCUUUGUCUUUUAUCGUUCUACAUAUGGUGCUCUUCACGGAAAUCAUGUUGGUCCUUUUCUUUUCUUCCCUAAUCUCUGGAGUGGGAUGGGAAGAAGGGGGGUGGGGCAAGUACACUAGAUUGAAAAGAAUCGAAGUCAAGUUUGAUAACAUGGAGGCAGAUGGAACAUAUAGCUAUUUUAGUUCCCUUGUGAUAGCUUCAAGUAGGUUCUAUUGAAGAGUGUAGACACCCGAAUCAGAUUGCAAAAGAAGUAGAAAAUCUCAGUUAUGGUGCUUAA